CGGCACUUGCUAGAGAGGGUUAAGUCGUCCCGGGAGCAUCUCAAGUCGGCGGCUGAGGCUUUGGCGGCGGCGGGCGACAUGGACAACGCAGGGAAGGAGCGAGAAGCGGUCCAGCUGAUGGCGGAGGCCGAGAAACGAGUGAAGGCCUCCCACUCCUUCCUGCGAGGGUUGUUCGGAGGAAACACGAGAAUAGAAGAGGCAUGUGAAAUGUAUACCAGAGCCGCAAAUAUGUUCAAGAUGGCCAAGAAUUGGAGUGCUGCAGGAAAUGCGUUCUGUCAAGCCGCCAAGCUCCACAUGCAGCUUCAGAGCAAACAUGACUCUGCUACCAGCUUUGUGGAUGCUGGAAAUGCUUAUAAGAAGGCAGACCCUCAAGAGGCUAUCAACUGCUUAAAUGCAGCCAUCGACAUUUACACAGACAUGGGAAGGUUUACAAUCGCAGCCAAGCACCACAUCACGAUUGCAGAGAUCUACGAGACUGAGCUUGUGGACAUUGAGAAGGCUAUUGCACAUUAUGAGCAGUCUGCUGAUUACUACAAAGGAGAAGAAUCUAACAGCUCUGCUAACAAAUGUCUGCUGAAGGUGGCAGCCUAUGCUGCACAGCUGGAGCAGUAUCAGAAAGCCAUCGAGAUCUACGAGCAGGUAGGAGCAAAUACAAUGGAUAACCCCUUGUUGAAGUACAGUGCGAAAGAUUACUUCUUCAAGGCAGCGCUCUGUCACUUUAUCGUGGAUGAGCUGAAUGCCAAGCUUGCUCUUGAGAAAUAUGAGGAAAUGUUUCCAGCAUUUACUGACUCCAGAGAAUGUAAAUUAUUGAAAAAACUUCUAGAAGCUCAUGAAGAACAGAACAGUGAAGCUUACACUGAAGCAGUGAAGGAGUUUGACUCAAUAUCACGCUUGGAUCAGUGGCUUACCACCAUGUUACUUCGUAUCAAGAAGUCUAUCCAAGGGGAUGGAGAAGGAGAUGGAGACCUCAAGUGAAACGCUGACAUCUUUUAGGCGAUGGAGACCUCAAGUGAAACGCUGACAUCUUUGUGGCAUGCAGUUCAUUCCUUUUUAGUUUUGUCUUCGGGCAAAGUGAUCUUUCUGGGAUGCCCAUUUAAUGACAACUUUGUUGUAAAUAAGCCACACAGUUUAUCUAUUGUUUCAGCUCGCCAUAUUUAUGUUACUGUGAGAAUGGGAGGCCUCUAUUUACUUUGUGGUUAUGACAUCCGAAGUGUAUAAUGCUUAUCAGAGUCCUCAUAGUUUUCUAAGAAGUACUGCCGAAUCUUAUUCCUGUUCUUCUGGUGUUUUCAGGGCCCGAGUUCAGUAUUGUCAUGUGUUUUUCCUUUUAUCCUAAACUCGGAUACUCAAUCCAGUUUUUAGAUACUGGAUGGACCCUUUACACAAGUGGCAUAGUUUAGAUUGUUAUUUAGGAAAACGUUUGUAAUUCAGUAGAAACCGUUUGGCUUUCUUUUACAGUUAUUUUGAUGGUGCUAGUGAUGAAUUCAUUUGCUUUUUAUUUUGCCCCAUAAGCUCACAUAUACAUGGCAAACACUGAGAACAGCUGGGAUCUGUUGGCAUCACUUGCAUUAUAAGGGCAAAGAAUUUGCUGGCAGGUGUUGUGGUCCUGUUUACUGUAUGGAUGAAUGUUAAGGUAGAUUUCAGUGAUUUUUGUUUUGUUUUGUAACUUGUACACAACCUAUGAAAAAUGGAUUUUUUUUCCCUUCCCGAGAGUUUACACUCUUAAUCAUAAUGGCAAUCCCUUCUUCAAAAAAUAUUUUAACUGGUGUCUUUGUUCUCACAUUUAUACACUUCUCCCAUUGUCUUCUGGGCCAUGGUCAUGCCAAGCUUGAGCAGAGCUGGACUGAAGUUUCCAGCUAAUGCUUGAGACUGUGUGAUUAAGUGUCUUUUGUUGGACAUGGUGGUUAAGUGGGGGUCAGUGUGGCAUAAGAAUUUGUUAUAUGUGGUUGGAUAAGAACCUUACCUGUGUCUGAUGGUCCCUGGUUUAAUUUUCAACUGGUGAUUUCACUUGUAUGAAUUUUGCUGUCCAUUUGAUUUAUAUAAGAUGUAUGAUGUUAUUUCGGAUUUUGACCCUCCCUGCUACUUUAUAUGCUGAUACAGUACUGUAGACAUGGCCUUGCUUCCUGAGUCUCCUGUGCAUAUCUGUAUGCUGAUGAUUUGUGCUUGGAGAGCAUGCGUUACUAGAAAUACUUUGUAGUCCUAAGUGCUGCUGUCAUGUGACAGACAAUGAAACUGGUGAUUAGUCAGGUGUGAAAUGGCACUAGAAUGGUGUUUUCAUCUUUGGAUGGCUCUAGAGUAGGGUUGGUGGCUCUUACUGUGCAAUGGUGGCUGUGCCAGGUCCAGGGCAAAAGAGGAGAGUUUGAGAACUGAUAAGAAAGUCAGAUCUUUCACACGUGAAAGUAGCAGGAUGGGCCUAGAGACAUGGUUCCUGCUCUUCCAGGGGCUCAAGUUUGAUUCCCAGAACCCAUGGUGGGUGGCUCAAAACCACCUGUAACUCCAGUUCCCCCAGGAGUUCUGUACUCUCUUCUUCCCUCAAUAAGUACAUGCAUACAUAUGAAUACGUACAGAUAAAUGAAUAUAUACAUGUAGGCAAAACACUCAUGUAUAAAAUAAUGAAUCUCUUAAAUUAUUUUCAAGGAAAAAUUAAUAGGAGAUAAAGUUGAAAUUGGUCCCAUGAGGACAGGUAGUAGGUGUCUGUCAGGCACUGUGAAGACUCGAGCUCUGUCAUGGUUCUAACAGAGUGUGUGCAGGAAGCUCAGAGGCCUUUGUGUGUCUGGAAAAGAGGGAAUAUGCCCAAGAAUCUGAUGAGGAUUCCUUUUUCUUUCAAUGCUUUUUGGAUUUUCUGAAUGAUAACUGGCUGUACCAAAGGUAAAAUUUGCACUCGAGCCUAAUAGAUCCUUCUUGACUCCAUUAGAAUCUCUGAUGAAAAGACAGAGAAAAGUGAGUUAUUGGGACUAGAGAGAUAACUUCAUCCACUCUUCCAGAGGGUCCAUGUUUAAGUCCCAGCAAUCAUAUGGAGACUCAAAGCUGUCUGUAACUCCAGUCCUAAGGGACCCAUCAUCCUCUUCUCACCUCCACAGGCACCAGGCAUGCAUGUGGUGCACAGGCGUACGUGUAGACAGAACACUCGUGCACUUAAAAUAAGGCUUUUUAAAACUCUGGUUUAUAGAAUAAGGCAUGUAAAUGGCUGUAAGUGAGUUCUGAUGGGAGAGCAUUUGAACACUGGCCAGUCUCUGUACUCUGCCCUAAUUCAAUCUUCUGGGGUGACCAUUUAAAAUCCACAUGGUAUCUUGAAAGACACUUUGGUGUCAUGAUUCCUUAACAUACCUAUCUAGAGAAGUGUUGGGUUUUUGAAGUAUUAUUUAUAUUCUUCCAAUCAGUUAUUUGCUUUUACUGAAGUUAAGUGCUUGGACAAGCAUCAUGGACACUUGUAGUCCUAUAGUAUUUAAGAGGAUAAAGUUUAAGGAAGUCAGGCUGGAUUACAAUGUGAGACCUUAUCUCAAAAAAAAAAAAAAAAAAGGCUGAGAUCAGUCAGUGCUUGGGUUUAUUGUGUCCCAGCACUUAGGAGGCUGAGGCAGUAAGAGUAUACUAAGAACAGACCUGGCAGAAGGUAAAGAAUGAGGAAAAUGUCUAGACAGUAGUAUGCAAGCUUACUUCCUCCAAAUGUCCUGUAGAUACAGGGCAGUACACUGUCUCAAGAUGCCUAGGCUUAGACUUUCAAGGUCUCUAGAAUAUUAAGAACAAAACACAGUGAUCAUUUGUUACAGUUCUCGUACUUGAAUCUUGGGAAAGUUGAUGGUUAUGUCAGUCGAAAAGCUUUGCUUUUGUGGCAACAUUUUUAUAGCUUGUGUGAAUUCUUUUUAUUUAAUGACAUAAAACAGUAUUUUUGCACAGUUGUAACCAUGUGUGGUGGUGUCACUCUAACCAAAGUAUAUGCACCAGCCCUUGUGCAUUUAUUGUUCCCUCUGGUGUGCACUUAAAAUGUCCAAAUACAAACCUUUGUGACUGUUGGAGGAUCUGGCAGCACAGCAUGCCCGUGACCUGUCUGCUGCAGUGUGAGCUGGGACCCGUAGCAGGCCCUGUGAAGUCCUGAGUUGCUCUCAGGCAAGGGAUCACAUUAUAAAAGCUAACCAUGUAACAAUAAAUCUACCUAAGCUGAAAGGAUGUUUUAUGUGAACCUGUACAGUAAAUAAAGUGGAAAUUAUCAGUAA